AUGUUUUACUCAGGGCUCCUGACUGAGGGCGCCCGCAAGGAGACCGACAUGCGGGACGCGGCGCCGCUGCGGCAGCAGCGCCGGAUGAAGCAGGCGGUGCAGUUCAUCCACAAGGACUCGGCUGACCUGCUGCCGCUGGACGGCCUCAAAAAGCUGGGGUCGUCUAAGGACACGCAACCUCACAACAUUCUGCAGAGGCGCCUCAUGGAGACCAAUCUAUCUAAGCUCCGAAGCAGUCGUAUCCCUUGGGCCUCCAAGACCAACAAGUUCAGUCAAGCUAAGGCUGAGGAGCUCAAGAAGUCUCAGGGGCUAAAGAAAUCUGAGGAGGAUGACAUGAUUUUGGUCUCUUGCCAGUGUGCUGGAAAGGAUGUGAAAGCCUUGGUGGACACAGGCUGUCAAUAUAAUCUCAUCUCCUCAGCCUGCGUGGACAGACUGGGACUCAAGGAACAUGUCCGAUCUCACAAGCAUGAAGGAGAAAAGCUUUCUCUUCCCCGGCAUCUCAGAGUAGUGGGCCACAUUGAGCACCUGGUAAUCACACUAGGCUCCCUCCGCCUCGACUGCCCAGCAGCUGUGGUUGAGGACAAUGAAAAAAACCUGUCCCUUGGGCUCCAAACUCUGCGAUCCCUGAAGUGCAUCAUAAACUUGGAUAAUCAUCGGCUGAUCAUGGGGAAGAUAGACAAAGAAGAAAUCCCUUUUGUGGAGACAAUUACUUUGAAUGAAGACAACACUUCAGAGGCAUAACCGCAGCCUGUAGUGUGUCUACGUUUGUGCAUAUGUACCAGGUUAACUGAGAAAACUGGGUUCGAACCAAAUACAGUAGCAACUUGCUGUGGACCAAGUUCCUCCCUCAAAUAGAAGCCCCAGGGGUUCCUUUCCACCCAGACCUCUCUAGACUAUAGUCUGUGCUUAGAGAACUUGUCUGGUUAAAGCCAUUGUUUUCUACUCCUUGGAUCACUUAAUUUAUUAGAACUAUAGACCUUUUUUUUGACACUGCCAGGUCUUACUUGUGGCCUAUUUCUUGCUUCUUUCAGGAGUUCGCUUUUAUUAGUCAAAUAUAGGAGUUACCUGUUUCUAUUUCACUGUAGAUACACCUGGUUCUUUUCCUGUAGUUAAAUUGUAUAAUAAA